AUGGUUGAUUGCAGGGAAGCUCUGAUCAUCAUCUUCUUGGAUAUGCAAAAAGUGUUCGUCCGAGUCCCUCAUAAUGGAAUGCAAACUAAAUUGGCUUCUUACGGUAUAUCGGACAAGCUGCAUUCUUGGUUCUCUUCCAAUCUCUCCUGUCGAACACAGUCGGUGAGACUAGAAGACUUCGAAUCCUCACCGAAACCAGUUACGAGUGGUGUGUUCCAGAGAAUUUUACUGGGCCCUAUACUCUUCUUACUUUACAUCAACGACGUAUUUCAAGUCUUUGAAUAUGGAAAGGCAUACCGGUUCGCCGACGAUAUCAAAGUCGUAUUCCGCUUUGACCCGGGUACCCUAAGGAGCGGUCUCCUCAAUAUUCAAAAAGCCCUUAAAGCAUUAGACUCUUGGUGUAACACAUGGAAGCUUGACUUCUCUCCGGCAAAGUGCAGCGCCCUGUUGUAUAGAUGCACUGUACCGCCUAGUGCGCUAACCGUAAAUAGCGUCUCACUAGCCAACUGUCGAACCGUAAGGGAUCUAGGCGUACACUAUUCAAGCUCACUAAAUUUCUCGGAAAAGUUAACUAUA